AUGACUGCCAUCUACCCGGAAGUUCAAGUCAAGGCGAUCGUUGUCACCGCAGGGGGCAAAUGUCGGGUUAUUGGAUAUCGUAAAAUCCGACGAAGUUGCCGACGAAAUCCAGAAGCUCACCAAACAGGCACGAGCAUCUCAUUAGCCGCAGAUGUCACAAAGGCCGACCAAGUAGACACUGCUAUCCAGCAAGCAUUGAGCACAUUUGAUCGCCUAGACGGGGCAGCCAUUGUGGCCGGGAUCGUGGGUGACAGGCAGGUAUGGGAUAACUCGCACGGACUUGAAAAUCUGAAAGAUGCGGAUUGGGACAAGAUUAUGAGAGUCAAUCUGGACGGCGUGAAGAAUUUUUUGCGUGCCAAAUUCAGCGCCAUAAAGGGUCCUAGCGCUUUUGUAAACGCGGCCUCCAUCUCAGGCCAUAUGGCCAACCCCUCACCGCAUAUUCAGGUAGCAAAUAGGGAGUAA